GCCAUGGCAAGAACAAAGCAGACCGCCCGUAAGUCCACCGGUGGCAAAGCCCCGAGGAAGCAGUUGGCUACCAAGGCUGCUCGUAAGAGCGCCCCGGCCACUGGCGGCGUCAAGAAGCCUCACCGUUACAGGCCCGGUACCGUGGCUCUCAGGGAGAUCCGCCGUUACCAGAAAUCCACAGAGCUGCUCAUCCGCAAGCUGCCCUUCCAGCGCCUGGUGCGGGAGAUCGCUCAGGACUUCAAGACCGAUCUCCGCUUCCAGAGCUCUGCCGUCAUGGCUCUGCAGGAGGCUAGCGAGGCGUACUUGGUGGGUCUGUUCGAGGACACUAAUCUGUGCGCCAUCCACGCCAAGAGAGUCACCAUCAUGCCUAAGGAUAUCCAGCUGGCCCGCCGGAUCCGCGGAGAGCGCGCUUAGAUUAAACGGAGCGACCACAAGUUACUCAAACACCCCAAAGGCUCUUUUAAGAGCC